AUGUCGUCCAAUACUAAUCUCGAUAUAUGGCUUGCUGGAGCAUUUGCGGCGUUCUCUGUCGACCUGCUUGUUUACCCUCUUGAUACCCUCAAAACACGUCUUCAGUCGCAGGAUUAUGUGAAGCUAUACAAAAAUGCCAAUGGCACAACGAACCGCUCUUUAUUCCGUGGACUAUACCAAGGCGUUGGGUCUAUCAUACUCAUGACCAUUCCUUCCUCCGGCGCGUUCUUUACGACCUAUGAAGCCUUGAAGUAUAGCCUCGAAGAUGUUGUCCCUCCGAACUCCACUCUAUACCUCCCCAAACCUGCCGUACAUGCACUCGCAAGCGGUGGCGCUGAAUUGGUUAGCUGCGCAAUCCUGACACCGGCCGAAGUCCUGAAGCAAAAUGCUCAGAUGCUGAGCUCUGGGAAAAAGGGCUCCACAUCCCUUCAGGUGCUCAAGAACUUCCGAAAACAACCUACCAAAUUGUGGCGAGGAUACACAGCUCUCGCAGCGAGGAAUCUCCCCUUUACUGGCCUUCAGUUUCCUGCCUUCGAAUCAUUAAAGAACUAUUUUAUGGCGCGGCGGAAAGAUAAGAAAGGGGCACCGGUCGAUGGAAUACUGGAGCGAGCCGGGAUCACUGCCAUGAGUGCCGGUAUAGCUGGUAGUGGUGCCGCGUGGAUCACGACUCCUAUUGAUGUGGUGAAGACAAGGAUAAUGCUCGCGGCUUCUGGAGAAGACCCUCCAGCAAAACAAGAGGCGAAAGGUAAACAAUCCAGUUUUCUCAUGCAUGGAAUUCAAAGUUCCAGGAAGAGUGGUUUCACUGUUGCGAAAGAGAUUCUCAGAACAGAUGGCAUCCGAGGUCUGUUCAGAGGAGCGCUGCUUCGAGGCUGCUGGACGGCACUGGGUAGUGGAUUGUACCUGGGGUGUUACGAAGGGGGUCGGUUCUAUCUGGAAAGCUCCAGGGAGAGUAAAAAAGAGGGAGAUCAUCUUAUGCAACGAGAUUGGUCCAAGGUGAAAGUUGGCAUCGGCCCAAGCAGAUCCCAAGAUUCGGUGAAGAAAAGUGCCUGGCAAGAAGACUGA